GGAUUGAUGCAUUAAAACAGCAGGUAACUUAUUUGGGCCCGAACCACCCCCAGACGGCCAAAACCCUGGCCACACUCAAUAAACACAAUCUGACGUUCCUGAUUUUGCCUCCACAUUUUUCCAAAAUAAAUCUUGACCGUCAGUCGCAUUAUAAGUCUUUCUCCACAGGAGCACAUGGGCAGCUGAGCUUUGUCCAAUUCUUGUCCCCCCAAAAUAUAUCCCAUCACUCUCCUCAAUGCUGCAACACUUCCAGCCGACAACUUUAGCUUGUCUUGUCCCCAUUUUUAUGCACUCUUCCAUUAUAGUAUUUCCUUUUUUUAAUUCUCCCAGUAUUAUACAAAUCCUUUCUCUUUAUAUAAAAGCCAGCUAUCCACCACUACUUCCAUCAAUCUCCACCAUUCUUGAAUAUAUCUAUUCAAAGCAAUCUUGAAAAAGAAAAGCAGCAAUCUUGACAAAAGGAAGAAAAAUUGAGAAAAAGAUGGAGUGCGUUAUGGCUCAUGAGAAAGAUCUGAAUCUGAAAGCAACAGAGCUGAGAUUGGGUUUACCAGGGACAGAAGAGGAAACUAUUGUGUCAAGUUGUAAGAAUAAGAAGAGGGGUUUGCCUGAAUCAGCUGAAGAUUGUGAAUCAAAGAAGAAGGCACAAAUAGUGGGAUGGCCACCAGUGAGAUGUUACAGGAAGAAUAACAUCCAACCAAAGAAGACAGAAACUGAUCAGUGUGGAAUGUAUGUCAAAGUUAGUAUGGAUGGAGCUCCUUAUCUAAGAAAAAUUGAUCUGAAAAUGUAUAAGGGAUAUUCAGAACUAGUUAAGGCGUUGGAAAACAUGUUCAAACUCAACAUAGGUGAAUAUUCAGAAAGGGAAGGGUAUAAAGGGUCAGAAUUUGCACCUGCUUAUGAAGAUAAAGAUGGUGACUUAAUGCUUGUUGGUGAUGUUCCUUGGAAUAUGUUCUUAUCUUCUUGUAAAAGGCUAAGGAUAAUGAAAGGAUCAGAAGCAAGAGGCUUAGGAUGUGGAGUUUGAAUAGAGAAGAAUUUCACAUGCCAACUUAAAGUGAAAAUGUCUCUGUUGGUCAGCUUGGGCUCUCGAGUUACAACAACCUUGAAAUCCUUUGUAAUCAAAACAGUUUUUCCAAACAGGAAAAAAAAAAGAACCCUUGCAAUUACAGUUUCUUUCUUUUUUCUCGGGUAAAAUGAAUAUAUAUGCCAGGGUAAAAACCAUGGUGGUUUUAUAGAUCUUGCAGUGUUUUUUUUUCUCUUUGAAAAAAUAGCAUCAAACAUACAAAUGAACGAUGUAUUUGCUGUGGAAGCAAUUGUAUAGACACAGUAUUUCUGCUCCUCAAAUGAAAAUCUUGAAUGUAAGCUGUUUCCUUGGUUGUUUUAUACUAUCUAGUAGUAUAUGUUUCUUUGUUCUAUU